AUGGUCUACCGCAGCUACUGGUGUACACAGGACCUCGAGGAUGACUUGGAAGCUGAAGUGAAAGCAGCCAAGGAGUCUCUUGACACACAUCACAACCCUCCAGAUGUAGUACAGGCGACGGCAGCACUCGCACGAAUGAGCGACAUCCUUGAUGACAUGCGUCGGCGUGCGUGGGAAAAAGAAGUCACCAAAACGACGUCGGACGUCGCCCAGCAGGUGUUUGCCAUUCCCGAGAUUACAGAGCAGGUUCUGUCCAAUCUUACGAGCCGGGACUUGUUCUCAGCAUACUCUGUCAACCACACCUUCGAGGGUGUCAGUAAAGGCUCGAUCAAGCUGCAAUUCAAGCUUGGACUCCGUGCCCAAUUCGAUGUCACUCCCUAUUCGCCGACGGAGCACUUUUCCAGCUGGCUUUUCAACUUCGACAAGAAAGAUGGUUUGUGGCUCAACUCCAUCGAUGUCCAGCGCCCUGACAGCGUCACAAUCCAACUUGUCAACUAUCGAGGGCCCUGGCAAAAGUUGGGUAAACGGCGCGCAUCAGUACUACUGUCGCAACCGCCCGUGUACCGCCUUGACGUAUCCGCCAACUGCUGUCGGAUGCCUUUGAGGUACAGUGCUCCUGACCAUAUGGACAGUCCACUCGAGACAAUCACAGCAAAAGAAGGGUCCGAAGGCAUUACCGUCGGCGACGUUCACCAAGUUUUGACGCGCCUCUGGCCGCAACACCGUUUGUGCCUCUAUGCAAGUGAUCAAGACCACAACGCCGCCGGCGAGGUUAAUGUCAGGUUAACCUUCGAGGGGUGCAUCUCGAUGAGUGAAGGGCAUCCAUGGCUCAUGGAGCGGGCGAGUAUGAGACGCAAAGAAGCCAAGAGACGCCGCCUCGCAUUGUCCGUCCAAGACUAUAUGGCUGUGAAGGUCGAUGCGAGUAACAAAGGCCAGCCAAUCCCAACAUACGCGGAGUUCGAAGCACGGCAAAUCGAGUUAGCAAACUCCGGACUUGACGGGGAGGACAGCGAAGGCCAUGCCUGA